AUGCCGGCCUUGGACAUCAGCAACCCUGGCGUGAGCGCGAUCGCAGACUUUGGCGCUCUUCUCAAUGAUCUCAUAGAUGAAGCAACAGCUAUCAAGGUCCCAGCUCAAGGGAAUUCGCACUCUUCGGGGAUUGAUCCUCCGGUGACGAAAGCCGACCUAGACAGCAUCUCAACACGCGUCGAUUCCUCGCUAUCCCACGUCACGCCCUCGCCUUCCGAGCAGGGAGAUGAUUCUACCAAAGAGCAGCUGAAAGAUCGCCGGUGGCAAGUCGUCGAGACUGCGGCACGGGACCUUUUUGGCAAGCUUGUUACCUCGACAUCAAUCAACAGCCCCGACAUUACUCAAAUAUGGAAUCUCUUCGACAUUUUAACAAUCAUCUCCGACAAUGGACAAUGCGAUCCGGGAUUGCUGUUCUGGCUCAUCGAAGAGCUAGUUGAGAGCAAGACGAUCGCUGAAUGCCGAGUAAUAUUCGAUUACCUUGAAUCCAGACGCGAACGCAUCACACCAGAACGAACCUUCAAAAAAUGGAGUCUUAUUGUUUUGCGCAUGUGUACUGAGCUACUGAGGAGGCUAUCCAGAGCGGAGGAUACGGCCUUUUGCGGCAGGGUCUUUAUUUUUCUUUUCCAGAGCUUUCCCCUGGGUGACAGAAGUUCAGUGAACCUUCGGGGCGAAUACCAUGUCGACAAUGUAACAACUUUUGAGUCAACCAUCGAUAAUGAAGAUUCGAAAAUGGAGGUCGAUACUCCCCAAACAGAAGUACCGAAGGAAAGUACCAAGGGGGGGACGCAGGCCAAGAAGGAGGUGUUAUCCUCGGAUGCAUUAUAUCCGUUAUUCUGGCCUCUUCAAGAAAUGUUCAGCCAACCUCUGAAGCUCUUUGACCAGUCUUGCAUGCAAAGCUUCAAACGUGGUAUUGAAGAAACGGUCAAAAGGUUCGCAGAUUAUCCUUCCGAUGAGGGACUACCAACGCCGAACCCUUCUGAUGAGACCAAAACCGGUCUCAAACGAAAGAGAGAAGACGAAGAAAAAGAAGGACUCUUGGAAGCAUUCAACCCAAAGUAUCUUACGAGCAAGGAUUUAUUUGAGCUAGAGAUCAGCGAUCUCACUUUCAGACGCCAUAUCAUGGUACAAACUCUCAUUACUCUCAACUUCAUCUUAUCUUGGACCGCUGAGGCAAAGAAGAAGUACGACAAGCUGAAUGUACAAAACAAAUCGGUCCUGUAUGCGGCCGAGUUCAAUGACGAUGAUGCGAAAUGGGCCAAAGGGAUGAAGACCAAAAUCUCCGACCAUAUGAGGAGGGACACACCCGGAAGGAUAUUUUACCGGAUGGUCGAUACUGUUCUCGCUAGGGAUAAGAACUGGGUGUAUUGGAAGAUGGCGAGCUGUCCCACGAUUACCCGAAAUCCUGUUAACCCCCAGACAUAUGCCGAUGCCCAGUCAUCAGCUCAGAGGUCUGCGACAAGCAAGCGACUUCGGCCAAACCCCAUGGGUGCUGUAUCACUAGACUUUCUCCAACCAGUAGAUGGAGAAGAGUCGCUCGAGAAGUUCAAAGAGCCUGAACGACACCGACUACCAGAACUCGACAGCUUCAAGACUGGUAUUGCUGAUGACGACUUUGCGAUAAGUAUGGCAUCAAAUGACCUCAACAAGGCGACGGCAGUAGCUGGCAAAGCCAGCAAGAGCUGGAGGGCCUUGCGAGUCGCUGGCAAGUUCAAGUUAGCAUCAUUUGAUAAGAUCGACGACCCACAGAACAUCAAUCCGGUCUUCCUAGCACCCAGCGAAGAGGAUGGAGACAAUGAUAACGGCGAGACUGAGGACCUUCCUGAUAACAGAUCGCCCAUCAUUGUUUCCAGCUCUGAGCAGGGAAAUCUACCCGACAUCAUUGACAAGCUGUCGAGUUCUCACAAGGGCGUUUUCGGGAAGGUUGUCCGUCACACAACCCGCGAGCCGAAUGAGGGCGAAGUCAAUGGCAAGGACUUUUACUUUGUGAAAACCCCCGAAUUCAACCAGCUACGCGACGGUGAUCGUCUUAUUGAAUUCACAGAAGCAUCGGACGUGAGCUACGGUACAAGUAUCAAGGUCAUUGAUGCGAUUUCCGAUAAUGACAAAAUUCCCAUCAUUCAAUUAGAUGUCGAGGCAGCUCAAUUCGCCAAAGACAUGGGCUACCAAGCACGGUACAUUUUCAUCAGCCCAUCUCAGAAGCAGCCAGCAGACACAGACAUGGACACAACCGCCGAUGGAUCUACAGACAACGCAGAGGAACAGGCCAAAACAAAGGCUCCUGAGUUCUUCAACACAACCAUCAGUUUUGAAGAUGUUGAUCAAGCAGUGGGAAGCUUGUGGGAGUUCAUUUCGAAGGCUAGGGAGCAAGAAGAAACAGAUGAUUCGGCAUAA